AUGCUUUGCGACACCUGCUACCGGAUGCUGCACCACCAAGCAGGCCUACGGGAGAACCGCAGAGUCGAGCUACGCUUCGAUCACCACCGGCGCAUCUCAACCCUGCGCGAGGCCGCCGAGAGCGGUUGCUCGAUAUGCUCCGCAUUGGCGAGGCAGCUGGAGCGAGAACACUUCAUCGAUUUGGGAGCAGCAGACCAAAACAUCCAUCUGCAAGCCGCGCUGGCCUCCAUCUGCGGCAGGGAGUGGAAGCGCGGCUACUACUCGCUGGACUUCCUGCUGGAUGGAAGGUGGAUGCGGACCUUCGCUCUGAGACCACGCACAUCGACAGCGAAUUCGUGGUGGGGUCUCAUCAGGAGAAGAAAGACGCAGCACCCGCACCAGCACGCGGCGCACACGCACUCCCCUGCCGUCUUCGAGCUCGCCCAGCGCUGGCUCUCGAAUUGCAAAUGCGCCGACCCGACCUCUUCCUCUCCCUCCUCCUCUCCCUCAACGAGACAAGAACAAUACUACCCCCACCGCCUCCUCGACCUCGACAGCAUCAAGCGCGCCAUCGCCUCCUCCUCCCCCUCCUCCCCCAGCGACCCCAUCGAACCCAUCAACCCGCAAACCCGCAUCCACCUCCUCGAGACCCGCUCGCCGCACUGGCAAAAAACCGACCCCUCCACCAACCGCUACGUAACCCUCAGCCACACCUGGGGCUCGCCCUCGCCCCCCACCACCACCACCACGACGCCCCGCCUCCUCGCCAGCAACCGCCAAGCCCUGCUGACCGCCGGCAUCGCGCUCGCCUCCCUCCCCGCCACCUUCCGCGACGCCGCCGUCUUCGCCAGCCACCUGCCCGGCGUGCGCUACCUGUGGAUCGACGCGCUGUGCGUCGUCCAAGCGGAGACGCCGACCGCCUUCGUCCGCCAGUCCGACGCCGACGCCGACGCGCUGGGCGCGGACGAGGAUUGGCGCGUCCAGGCGGCGGAGAUGGACAGGGUGUAUCGGAAUGCGUAUUUGAAUAUUUCGGCGGCUGUUGGUGAUGGUGGCGACGCGGCUGGUGGUGGUGGUGCGGGUGGGGCGGCUGAGGUGGGGUUGUUUCGGGAGAGGAAUCCGGCGGCGUUGGGGGAGGAUGAGGUCGGGGUCGAUGUGCGGGGGUUGCUGGAGCUGGAUGGGGAUGGGGAUGGGGACGGGUACGAGGACGAGUACGACGAAGAUGACGAGCUGGACGGCGGUGGUUAUGAUCGGGGGAGGGGGGCGCGGCGGCGGCGGCGGAGGGCGCUAAAGGCGUGCGUGAAGGCCGGCGUAGGGGCGGUCUUGGGGUGCUUGCGAUGGAAGAAGAAGAAGCAGCAGCAGCACGUGAAGCGGUGCUCGGUCGUGGACGUGGCGCUGUGGGACGACCUGGUCGAGGACGCGGCCGUCAACCGCCGCGCGUGGGUGUACCAGGAGCGGCUGCUGGCGCCGCGGGUCCUGCAUUUCUGCGCCGACGGCCAGCUCGCGUGGGAGUGCUCCGAGCGCUGCUGCACCGAGCGCUAUCCCGACGGCGUGCCCGGCCUGCAGCUCAAGUCGGGCGUCAUCGUGAGCGAGGAGAGGGUGAAGGAUCUGGAGCCCGUCGAGGAGGCGUCGCUGCCGGAUGCCAGCUUGGAGGAUGUGAAUGGAGACUUGGAGAAGAAGGAGGAGGACGACGACGUCGUCGUCGUCGCGCCGAGACGGCUCCACCACUACGAGCUGUGGAAGCGGAUCGUCGAGAUGUACUCGCAGAAGGAACUGUCCAGGCAGGGAGACAAGCUGAUGGCGCUCGCGGGCCUCGCCAAGUUCUUCUUCGACACGAAGCUCGCCCCUGGGUGGCCGCCGGUCCCGCAGCAGAGACAACUGCCGCAACAACAUCCGUACGUUGCCGGGAUGUGGCGAGAGUACUUGGAGGUCCAGCUCCUCUGGCGCGUCGAGCCGCGGUUCGAGGACGGCUGGAUCCACAACGGCACGCGGCGCUACCCGCGACGCGCGCCUUCUUUCUCGUGGGCGGCGCUGGACGUGCCCGACGGCGUCGUGGGCGGCGAGUACAGGGACCAGAACCUGCUGUUCCGCGUCGAGGACGUGCAGAUGAAAUACGUGGACAGCAGGAACAAGUUCGGCUUGGUCGAGGGCACCGGGUGCCGGCUCUUGCUCGAUGCUCGCGUCGUCCAGAUCGAGCUGCACGAGAUCGAGCCCGUGUUCAUCACGCCGUACGGAUGGUGGGUGAGCGGCGGCAAGGCGCCGUCGUUCAUGGACAUGUACACCGACGUCUAUCUGGACAGUCCGACGGAUGACGGCGAUGUGUUUGAGGCUGGCGCGAAGAUAUUUUGCAUGCCUGCUUCGACUGGCGAGGGGGGAACAAAGCAGUCUCCGUCGGACUGCAUUUGUCUCUUGCUGCAGCUUAUCGGAGAGGCUGAAGGUCGCCGGGCUUUCAAGAGGAUUGGGCUCGCGAGGCUUUCGGACUAUGAAAGCGAAAAGUUCCAGCAGGAUUCGAAGGAUGUACAGUCUGAGAAGAUGUAUCUGUAUUGA